GCCAAUAGCGGUAUUUGGCAUUGUAAUCACUGACGAUUCAAGAUUCUAGGUGAUUUUCCGGUUUCAUUAUUGUGUGUGAAUAUUGCACAUACGCACACGCAUUCAUAGGCUGUUCGUAAUGUUGCUCGCAAGAUAAUGCCGCGACUGCUGUUCGGCGUUCAGCCGAUUCAGCGGUCGCAAUCAAAUCAAACGCUUGACAAGGACAAGACGAACAAGGUUAGGCCAGGUUAGGCACACGUAAUUUAUAUCAAUCCUCGAUCGACGUGUCAGAUACUAACGCAAAUGGCGGCCGUUGCCGAAGAGGAUGUGUCUGGUGUGUCUACACUCAGUGAAUGGAUCGACGAGUUGAGCGUUUCGGACGUGACGGAGAACGAUAAAAACUCUACGAAUAAGACCGAUAGCAAUGAUGUGGACGUUACAGCGAAGAACUGUAAGCCGCGGCUCUGGGGCUUCGAGACGCGGGAGCUUUAUAAAUUUGCACUCAACUUCUACAAAGAAAAAGAAGGCAAAGCUGUCCAUCUCUCUUAUGAGGAUAAAUUAAAACUGGUAGCAUUCACGCAACAAGUGACACAUGGAAAAUACACAGCUGAAAAUGCACCACCGUUAGGUGUCUUAGACAUGAUCGGAAGGGAUAGGCGAGUUGCAUGGCAAAAUCUGGGAGAUAUAUCAAAAGAACAGGCAAUGGAAGGCUUUAUAAUAUUGCUGGAUAAACUGUGCCCUUUAUUCAGAACUGUAGUUGAGGCACAAAAAAGAAAUUUUGAAGAGAAGCAACGACUUAAGAGAGAAGAGGAGGCAAAAAAACAGGAAGAAGAGAAGAAACUUAAAGCGCUAGAGGAAGAGAAAAAGAAACAGGAGGAAGAAAGACUGAAAGAAGAGACUCAGAGGAGACAGAUUCAGGAUGCUUUAAAUCAACAAACAUAUUAUCAGUUCAAAUUAUACGCUGAACAACAGUACCCUGGCAAUCCGGAACAGCAGGGCGUUUUGAUUAGACAAUUACAGGAGCAGCAUUAUCAUCAGUACAUGCAACAACUUCAUCAGAACCAAUUAGUUAUUGAGGACCAUAUUGAAAAGGAAGAAGAAGAGGAGAAAGAGGUGAAGAUAAAAAAGAAUAUUCAGUUAAAGAAUGAAACAUGCAAAGAUGAUGACCGCGAUGAUGAUAAAAAUAACACGAACGAAAACGUAAAUGAUGAAGAUUCAGACGAAGUAGAAGACUGGCCGCCUAUCAAUCCUGCAGAGAUGUGGACGAGAAAAGGUGUGGAGGAAUUUAAACAGACUAUUAGAAGGGAAACAGGAGACUCGAUUAUUAAGGUCGGCCAUGGUGAGACCGUUACAGUGCGAGUACCAACGCACGAAGACGGGACUUGUCUGUUUUGGGAGUUCGCUACAGAUGGUUAUGACAUUGGUUUUGGGGUUUAUUUCGAAUGGUCGAAACCAGAGACAAACCAGGUAUCUGUGUACAUAAGCGAGUCCGAGGAAGACGAAGACGAAGAGGAGUACGAACCGCGGAAAGAUUUAGAGAGCGGAUCGGUGAAUGGUAAUGCCCGACCUGAACGUAGAACGACCACACCACCUAUAAGCGUUAUAAUACCUAUAUAUAGGAGAGACUCUCAAGAGGAGAUUUAUGCUGGAAGUCAUCAAUAUCCGGGCGAGGGAAUAUAUCUUCUAAAAUUCGACAACUCGUAUUCACUUUGGCGGAGUAAAACGCUUUAUUAUCGAGUAUACUAUACGCGGCAGGGUUUCACGAAAAAUAAUAAUUAGUCUUUAUGUUGCAUAUCAGAACGAGAUGUAUAACAAGUGUAUGUUGUUUGUUGAACGCUAGCUUUAGUAUUAUUGUCUACUGAACGAUAGUUCAACCGAAUAAAAGAAUAUAUCCUAUUUGUCCCUAUUUGGUUCGCGCGAAAGCGACAAGACUAUUCAUAUGUAAAGAAAAUAUCUUUAUAUAUAGUUAAGUACGACACGUUUCAUAAAGUAACAAAAGUAUAAGCAUGAGGAAGAAACGGAUUCUAAACUUUUCUCGAGAAGUAAAACCUUCUAAGUGUAUCGUAAAUUAAUGAAUGACGAUAACUCUUCUUACGUACAUAAUAUUGCGCAUUUACAGCAAUUUUUGCGCUAUUCUUCGACGCAAGUAACAUUCUUUUUCAUAACUUUAACGAAAUUUUUAAAAAUUCGUAUUUGCGCUCAAAUCUUCAUACUAUAUGCUCGUGAAACAAUGGGCGAGUUCAAGACAGCAAAGUAGCUAGGUACUUUGUUCUCUGUUUUAGAGCGAAGAAUUAAAUGUAUACGCAUAUUGUAUAACUUUAUAUAUGUGAAUAUUGGCUUGUAAAACGUUUUUUGAAACUUGCUAUUGUACAAACUUUAUCACUUAGUAUUCACCGUCAUGGCUUUUAUUAAAAUUAGUUUUUUUUUUUUAAAUAUAA